AUGGCCAGCAAAGGCAGGGCAAAGGGCAAGGCGAGAGACGUACACAAGCAACAAGAAGCACUCCUCGCUCAGCCUGCCUUUCGCAUCGGCACCUUCGAGAACGGCGGGAUUCCCAAGACAAACAUCGCGUGGCCUCAUCCCGCAGAGUAUGGCAUCACACCGAGGUCGCUAGCAGAAGCGGGCUUCUACUAUUCGCCGAGCGUAGGCGACGAAGACAAUGCGACUUGCUUCCUCUGUGCCCGUAGCUACGGUGGCUGGUCCGAGGACGACGAUGCGACGCAAGAACACUUUCGUCAUCAACAGUACGCUGGAGAGUGCGCCUUUGCACACCUCCGCAAGAUACACAGCGUCAUGGGAGCAUCCGUACAAGCCGGUCUACCGAUCCCGCCUCUCGAAGAUUGGAUGGAGAACCCCACGAGCGAACACGAGACGAGGAUGCGCUUCACUACCUUUGGCACUUGGUGGCCCCAUGACAAGCGCGGCUGGACGCCCAAUGCCAAGAAUAUCGCCGAGGCGGGCUUCUUCUUCAGUCCCGAUAUAGAUGACGGACGGAUAGACACCGCGCUCUGUCCCUACUGCGGCACCGGCCUAGACGGCUGGGAGAAAGACGACAUACCAUUUGAUGAGCAUCACAAGCGCAAGACUCACUGCGCAUUCGUUCAGGCAGAAUUGGCAAGACGAGCGAAAGCCGUCGAGAGCGCGCCAAAAGCGUCAACGAGCAAGAGGAGUAAUUUGGCAGCGUCGAGGAGCAAGCCGACAAGCUCGGCGUCUAUCGGCUCAAGGGCAAGUGCAGCUGACGAUGUCCCGGAGCAAGCAACACGCGUCGAACCUGAAGAGGAACCUCGGCCGGCAGUACUGCCUGGCAAGCGACAGGUGUCCGGCGCAAAGCGACAGCGACAGAUCAGCACAGACAGCAUUGCGCGACGUCCUCCGGACCGAACAGAGACGACGGGCGUGCAAACGAGGCGCGUGACUCGUUCGGCCUCUGUUGCUUCCCUAGCCAGCUCCACGCGUUCUGCGCCGCCAUCGCACGACGAAGGCAUAGCGGAUGGACCAGCAUCCUCUUCACCGCCUUUGCCCCAGGCGAAAAAGCCGAGGCGCAAAGCAACAAAGAGUCAGACUCGAACGGUCUCGAAGACAAGUCAGAUACCGACCAUCGAUCUCGGCUCCACGUCAUUAGAUCUACCUGACGAGCCAGUCCAUGCAAGCAAGAUUUUACACACUGUCGAGCAAGUGUCCAGGGAGCCAGCACCGGCCCCAGGUCAUCUACAGGCCCCUGCAGAAGCUACACCUCGCUCGAGCACAUCUACUGCAUUCCACUCGGUUGCCUCGCCCGAUCAUUCCUUCUCGAUCAUCGAGGCGCCAGAGGCGAAUGAAGAUGCUACACUCCGCUUGCCCGUCAUCAACGGCUCCGCUGCAGCCUUGCCGAGCAGUCCGAAGCGAGUAUCUGAUCUGAUCGCCUUACCGCCCGCAAUGACCGAAGCCGAACUCGAUAUGACGGUGGAGGAGUACAUCACCCGCGCUCUCGAUAGAGAUGCAGGAGAAGCCGAGAGAGCUUUGCGGCAGAAGCUCGAGGUCUUUGAGAAGCUCAGUGCGAUGCACCGUCAACGGAUCGAGCAAGCACUGUUGUAG